GAAAGAUGUGAAUCCCAUUGUUCAAAGUUGUGGUGCUAAUUGCAGCACACUCAGAGUGCCUCAUUUGCAAGUGGUUGGCUGGUGCGGUGUCCUUAUCCAUGCCAAGUUGCCAACAUGGUUUUGGUUGAGCCCAUAGGAAAGAAACAUUGACCAGACCCUGGUGGCUAGAUUUUUUUUUUUUUUGGGAAACUUCCCUGGUGGCUAGAUGAACCCUACGCUAACAACUUCCUAGUUUUUUUGCAAAAAAAGUACAACUUCAUAGUUUAGAUGCAUGUAUACAAAUAGACAACCUACCCCUUCCUGAGAAAACAAACAUUAUGAGAAGGCAAAGUGUUCCUGAUAACUUCCUCAUGGCAGAAGCAGUGACAUUGCUCUGCUUCUCAUUGUUAUUCUUCUGCUCCCAUGCUCUGGUGUCUCCAGGAAGUAGCAAUUCCACGAUCGAUGAGCUUGCGCUACUCGCCUUCAAGUCCAUGCUGUCAAGCCCAUCCAAUGGCUUACUGGCAUCAUGGAACACUUCAAGUCACUACUGCAGCUGGCCAGGAGUUGUUUGCAGCCGCCGGCAACCUGAGAGGGUGGUCUCGCUACUCAUGGGCUCCUUCAACCUUUCAGGACGCAUAUCUCCCUCCCUGGGCAAUCUAUCUUUUGUCAAGAAGUUGGACCUUCAUGGCAACCGAUUUGUUGGGCAGAUACCUCCGGAGCUCGGUCAGCUCAGAAGGCUUCAGGUGCUGAACUUGAGCACAAACACUCUCCACGGGAGCAUUCCUGCAGCCAUGGGAGGGUGGACCAACCUCACUACACUUGACCUGAGCAAUAAUCUGCUACAAGGUGAGAUACCAAAUGAGGUAGGCACCUUGAAAAAUCUUGUUGAUCUGAGGCUUCACAAAAAUGAUUUGUCAGGAAAGAUCCCACUGUCUCUGACUGAUUCUCUAUCUAUUGAAUACCUGUCUUUGAGAGACAACAGAUUGUCUGGUGAAAUACCAGUAGCUUUAGUCAAUCUGACCAGCCUGAGGCAUCUUGACCUUGCAAACAACUUGCUAUCAGGAGCUAUCCCUUCAGCUCUGGGCAGGUUGUCCAGUUUAUCUGUCUUCAACUUAGGAUAUAACAACCUAACUGGGUUGAUCCCCACCUCCCUUUGGAACAUUUCCUCUCUAACUGCAUUUGCUGUCCAACAAAAUAUGCUUAGUGGAGCAAUACCUUCAUUUGCAUUCAGUGCUCUCCCACAUCUCCAGACAAUUGCAAUGGACGACAAUGAAUUUCAUGGCUAUAUUCCCACUUCACUUGCCAAUGCUUCUGAUGUGUCGUUUUUUCAACUCAGUUAUAACCGUUUCAGUGGCAUUGUUCCUCUGGAGGUUGGAAGGUUAAGGAAACUCAACUGGUUACAGAUCUCGAACAAUUUGCUUCAAGCUAAAGAACCUGAAGAUUGGGAAUUGGUAUCCGCGUUGAAAAAUUGCUCCCGCUUAAAACUUUUGGACUUGGGCGCGAAUAAAUUUAAAGGACUUCUUCCUGAUUCACUUUCCAAUCUUUCCAAUUCACUAACUUUUCUCUCCAUUUCAGUCAAUGAAAUCUCAGGAAGCAUACCUGAAGAUAUAGGUAACCUCAUCAACUUACAGUACCUUGAUCUUAGCAAUAAUUAUUUCACAGGAACUCUUCCCUCCUCCCUCAGUAGGCUUAAGAGUUUGCAGUCUUUCUCUGUAUAUAGUAACAAAUUCAAUGGUUUGAUCCCAGUGACAAUAGGAAAUCUUACAAAGAUGAAUUAUUUGGACUUCGACUCAAAUACCUUCAGUGGUAGGAUACCAAGCACACUCGGAAACAUGACAAACUUGUUGGCACUAGGCCUUUCGGAUAACAACUUUGCAGGGCGAAUUCCAAUCGAAAUAUUCAACAUCCAAACACUCUCUGGUAUCUUAGAGCUAUCCAACAACAACUUAGAAGGUCCAAUACCUCUGGAAAUAGGAAAUCUAAAAAAUCUUGUUGAGUUCCGUGCAUACUCCAACAAGUUAUCAGGUGAAAUCCCUACCACCAUUGGGGAAUGCCUACUUCUCCAGAAUCUGUAUCUCCAAAAUAACAUGUUGACUGGUGCAAUUCCCUCUUCCCUGAGUCAAUUGAAAGGUCUAGAGAAUCUUGACCUCUCAAGCAACAAUUUAUCAGGCCAGAUUCCUGAGUUCCUUGGGAACAUUAGCAUGCUCUAUUAUCUAAACCUUUCAUUCAACAGCUUUGUUGGAGAAGUACCAAGCUUUGGUGUUUUUGCCAAUGCUUCUGGAGUCUCAAUUGAAGGAAACGGCAAACUUUGCGGUGGCAUACCUGAUUUACAUUUGGACCCAUGUUCUUUGAAAUUACCAAAGAAAAACCAUAAACUUCUGGUGGUACCUAUUGUUAGUUCUCUUGUUGCGACAAUGGCCAUCCUUUUGUCGCUCUACAUGCUUCUGACGAGGCGCAAGAGAAGUAAAACAAAAAACCCUUCAGAAACUUUCAUUCAAGGCCACCCAUUGAUCUCAUACAAUGAAUUGGUAAGGGCAACAGAUGGUUUCUCAGAUGCCAAUUUGCUGGGUUCUGGAUCAUUUGGGUCUGUAUAUAAAGGAGAGCUAGAUGACCAAGCUGCUCAAAGUACGAAUCUUGUUGCUGUGAAGGUACUGAAGCUUCACACUCCUGGGGCACUCAAGAGUUUCAUUGCUGAAUGUGAAGCAUUGCGAAACAUGCGCCACCGUAAUCUUGUCAAGAUAGUUACAGCCUGUGCAAGCAUUGAUGCCAGAGGGAAUGACUUCAAAGCAAUAGUGUAUGACUUUAUGCCUAAUGGGAGUCUGGAUGGUUGGCUGCAUCCUGACACAAAUGAGCAAACAGAGGAAAGGUCAUUGGAUCUCAUGGAAAGAGUGAGCAUAUUGCUUGAUGUAGCUUAUGCGUUGCAGUAUCUUCAUUGCGAUGGCCCUGCUCCUGUAGUACACUGUGAUCUCAAGUCAAGUAAUGUUCUCUUGGAUGCUAAUAUGGUAGCCCAUGUUGGAGACUUUGGACUGGCUAAGAUUAUUGUUGAGGGAAGCUCAAGUGCCCAACAGUCAACAAGCUCGUUGGGAUUUAGAGGGACAAUUGGUUAUGCUGCUCCAGAGUAUGGUGCUGGAAAUGUGGCAUCAACAAAUGGAGACAUUUACAGCUAUGGAAUUCUUGUGUUAGAAAUGGUAACUGGGAAGAGGCCCACUGACAGCAUAUUCACACAAAGAACGAGCCUCCGUGAAUACGUGGCGCAGGCUGUACAUAACAGAACAUCAGAUGUUAUUGACACGCGUCUGUAUUUGAGACAGAAUGACGAACUUCAUGAUGCAGGAGAUGCUUUGUUUGAAAGGAAUAUUGAUGGCCUGAUUUCACUACUUAGACUUGGACUGUCUUGCUCUGAGGAAGUGCCGUCUAGUAGAAUGCCAGCUGAAGAUAUCAUCAAGGAGCUUCUUGCCAUCAAAGAAGUUAUCCUGUAGGGAAAGCAAAACACUCAUGAGGUACUUCCCUACUUGUAGAUGUUUCACUUUGAUCUCUGCAGUUGAAAUUUCCAGCAGCUUAGAAUUGUCGAAUGACAGACAGAUGGUAUGGUCAUUCCAUAAUCAUGUUGCAUGAUACGCCAAUAUGAUACCUGUUCCUCGUUGAACUAUUUGUAAUGUGAAUGCUGCUGUCUAAUAAGUUACUUCGUUGAAUAAUCUACUUCAGUGUGAAUGUAACUCUGCGCUAUGCUGUUGGUAAUGCAUUUGCAAACACAUAUUAUUUGAAUUA